AUGAUAGCUUUCUAUUUUCUUUGCAUAGAGGAAUCCUCUAUGCAAAGAAAAGAGAAAGCUAUCAUUAAUACAGAUACUCAACAAGCACUUCAACUAUUAGAAAGAAUACAACAGCAGCUUAGGGAAUCAAAUGGUACCAGUGCAAAUCCAACAGUGGAAGAUGAUGUUAACACACUCAUUAGUGUUUUGGAUAGUCCCGUAUUUAACACUAUACUUACUAUACAGGAUUCACUUCAUGAAUUAAAGAAUCAACUUCAUAAACAUCCAUCAAUACUUCCAGUUGAUUUUGAUAUAACCCCUGCUACUGGAGAGUUGUUACUGAAUGUUCCUACUGAUGUAGUGGGUAAUUCUGACUCUUUUGAACCAAGUUCUGAUCCAGAACAAAAUUAUGAAUUUGAUCCCACCCUUAAUAAAGAUAAAAUUUCUCAAGUAAAAGAUAAUGCAAAUUCAUUGGCAGAAAUCUCAAUUCCUACAAUAGUAUCACCAAACUACCUCUUAUCUUCCAUCACUACCAUUACUACUGAAAGUUAUGCUGAAGAAUUUCAUAGAACAAUAGUACAAGGUGCUCGAGGCAGAGAUAUUCAUAAUAUACAAUUAUAUAAGCCAGAAGGUAGCAGUUUGGGCUUUAGUGUUGUCGGAUUACGAGCUGAAGAUUGUGGAGAACUUGGUAUAUUUGUUCAAGAAAUACAAGCUACAGGAAUAGCUGGAAGUAUUUCUUCCCUUCUGUUCUACAACAAGGAUUCUUGCAGCAAUGUUCUGCAGUCACUUCAGCAUCAGGCUGAAGUGACUGCAGAACAUUGUAUUUGA